GUAGCGUCCAGGCAUUGAACUGACGACCUCAACCUCUGAAGAUAACCGUGCCGGAAAUGCCGUACACGGGGCUCAUAACCUGUUGUAUUCUGGUGUGGGUCGUUCUACCGGGCAAUGCAACUCCAGGUUUACAGGCUCCGUUCCUUUGGUGCCAUACCAACCACUUAGUGCAAUGUUGCCUUAUAUCGACUUAGUCUAGGUCGGGCUUACUCUCGGCCCUAUAGGCUCCUUAGACCAUCGCAAUGACACGCAUGGGGGAAGGGGCAGACCGAACCGCUGAGCCCCCCAAAUACGACAGUUGGCUCCGACCAGGGAACCUGUCAGGUUGGCGCGAGGUGGGAUUUUUGCAGGGUAAUACAUUCAACAUCAUGUACUGUCGCGCGCUGCCGCAGGAGGACGAGCAGUCUGCUGUUAUCAUUCGCUGUCUGCGGGAGUCGGAGAAGGCUCUCGGGAUGCGGCAUGACCGCAGCCGCGUCAGGCGCUUCAAGGAGCUGGUGUCGUUUGUGAAGAACCGGACUGAGACCACGCAGGGCCUAGCGCCGCAGCAGCUGCUGGAGAUGCUGGCGGGCCUGGCCCCGCACCACAGUGGGCUGGGCGACAUGGUCGCCGCACACGUCACCGCACACGGCCCCCUGAUGGCAUCACCUGACGCAGGCCCGGUGCCGGCUGGCCCGGUCCCUGCUGCCUCAGUCGCAGGGUCGGCCAGCACCGCGCCAGGCGGCUCCCCCAGUUCCUGCCUCAGCGAGCUGCACCUGUUCCUGUCCUGCCUGCUGCGCUACGACCUAGCGCUGGCGGGCCACGGCGCCUGCGACUACGACGACCUGCUGGGGCUGGCGGUGGCGCUGCUGCAGCAGCCCGCGGCCAGGAGGGCGGCGGCAGCCAACUUCAGUCACAUCCUGGUGGAUGAGUUCCAGGACACCAACUUGCCACAGUACACACUGGUACAGCUGCUGCGGUCGGCUGGUGCCAGUUUGUUUGUGGUGGGGGACGCCAACCAGUCCAUCUAUACGUGGCGGGGGGCCCUGCCCGACAUGGCCGCAGCCGCUGCAGCCGCCGCGUCUGGGCUGCAUUCUGCAACCCCUGCUGGCCAGCCCAACCCCACGCCAUCAGGGCUGCAACUGCAGGGUGCAAUUGUGGGACCCGAGGCGCCAGAUGACACAGCCGCCAUCACCAGCGCUCGCCCAUUGGAUGGCGCCUCACGGUAUCCAGUCGAGGCCGCGUCAGCUAUGGGCACUGGCGGGACUUGCGCUGCGAGUGCUUCUACGCUGCACCUCCGCCGCAACCACAGAUCCCUGCCGCACAUCGUGGCGGUGGCCGAGCGGGUCAUCAACCAGCAGCAGGAGCACAGCGCCGUGGGGCCGGGCCUGGCGCUGGGGGAGCCCACACGCCUGGAGUCAGUGCGGCCGCCGCAGCCGGGCGCGGCCGUGGCAGUGGUGACGACUGACAGCGCCCGGGACGAGGCGCGCUGGGUGGUGCGGCAGAUCCAAGCGAUCACCGGAUGGGCGGCGCCGCGGACACAGGCGGCAGGGCCAGUGCAGCUUGCUCCUGGUGCGCAGGCAGGGGGAGACGUGACGCCUGCCAUGCCGCCUUGUGCACCCAUGUUCGGGCUCAGGGACGUGGCCAUUCUAUACCGCGUCAACCGGCAGGCCCGCUACCUGGAGGAGGCGCUGCAAGAGGCCGGGCUGCCCUACUGCCUGCCCAAGAGCGAGCCGUUCUGGGCGGGGGAGCAGGUCCGAGAUGUGGCUGCAUUUCUGUACCUGGCCGCCCAGCCCCUGGAUGUGACUGGGGCCAUGGCCGCCAGCCUGCUCACACGACCCGCUCGGGGGGUGCCAGGAGGUAGUGCUGUCCUCUCCCGGCUGCGGCGGCCUUCGGUGCGGAUGGGGCCGGGCGUGUCCUCUGCGUCCAUGGGCCGACUGCUGUUCGGCGACAUGUUCACGCAGCCGCAGCCGCAGCCGCAGGUGCAGGAGGGGGCACAGGCCCGACAGCCUAGUGCAGGACGCCAUGGCAGCGGCAGCGGCAGCAUUACUGGUCAGGAGUCCGGGGAAGCGCUGUGCCUGCGGUUCCCACAGCCGGACGUGGGCGCAGCAGGUGUGGAUGGGGCCGGGGACCCGCUGUCUGAGCUAGUGGACCCGGCAGUGCCUCCGGCUGCUUUAGCCCAGGCUGUGGCGGAUGCAAUGCAGCUGCUGGUGCCGCCGCCCGCGGAGCAGCAGGAGCGCUGGCGGCUGCAGCCGGCACGACACGGCGCGGAGCCGGCGUCAGGCCUGGAUGGGCGGAGCGGCACGGGCUCAUCAACGGCUGCGGCCAGUGGUACGGUGGGGGGCGCGGCUGUCAGCCUGGGCGGAUCGACGCCCCGCUACAUGCCGCUGCCUGCCUCAGCGCUGCGCCGCAAGCUGACGUUCACGGACCUGGAAGCAGACGACCCGCCCUGGAUGCUGAUUGUGGACAACGAGGCAUUCCCUGCCCCGCUGGCGCCUCCCCUCCCCCAUGAGGUGUGCCAGGCGCUGGGCAUUCGGCCCGGUGACGCUGAGUACGAUGGGAUAACCUUCCUGCGCGACCUGGUGGUGCUGCUGCAGGUGGCGCCGCACCUGGGCUACACACCUGAGGACCUGGUUGAAGCCAUUGUGCGUGCCACCGGGUAUGAGACGUGGCUGGAGCUGGAACAAGGGGAACGCCGUGACCUCAGCGGCGAGAUGAGUCGACUGGCUGAGCUGCGGCAGGCUGCGGAGCAGUACGGCCGAGACUACCGUGUGGCGGCAGUGGUAGGGGCUACAGCUGGCCAGGAGGCUGCUGUGGCGGCGGCUGCAGGGGCAGUGCCAACGGUGUCCGAGUUCGCCAAUCACGUGCGGAAAUUGGUUGAGGCAGCGGCACAGUCGGGCACCGGAGGCAGCGGCAAUGAGGGCACGCACGUCAGCAGGCACUCCAAAAGCGCCACCAGCAAGGCACCCGCCAGCACCCGCGGCUCUCGGACGUCCGGCAAGCACUUGGAUGCGACAAACCAGCACAAGCACGGGCCUGCGGCGGCACCAGCUUUGGCGUCGGAUGCGGGUACGGGCUCCGGCGACGCUGCCUCCGUGCGGCUGUUGACGCUGCAUGGCUCCAAGGGCCUGGAGUUCCCUGUGGUGUUCCUGACAGGCUGUGAGGAUGGCCUGCUGCCGCACUCAGCCAGCCGCAACAACCCCAUCCAACAGCGAGAAGAGCGACGGCUGCUGUUUGUGGGCAUUACCCGGGCAAUGGACCAGCUGUACCUAACCUGGGCGGCCACACGUGCAGCGCACCGGCACCGCCUGCUGCCGAGCCGCCCUGCCGCAGAGGGCCACCUGGGUGUGGGCUCGCGGCGGGCCGCACACGAGCGCAUGCCCUACAUUUCCCCCUUCGUGGCGCGACUGCUGCAGGAGCUGCAUGCGGAAGGCCUGGUGGUGGAGGCCGCCCCACGGCCAGAUGGCUGCGUGGCGGUUCCAGCUGCCUGCUCGCUCGGCACCACAUCAUCCGAUCCCGGCAGCCAGCCACCGGCGCCGCUGGUGGCCUAUCAUGACGCAACCAAGGCGCGCAACAUGUCGCUGUCGUCUCUCGUUACGAAGCUGUGAUUGCUCAAGCGGCAAAGCUGCCUUGAUUAGGUAACACACAACAAUCGCGCGGCUGCGCCUUGUAGAGCUUGGCUGCAUCUAUCACCGCAUCUACCUCAGUGGGUGACCUAUCUACACAAUCUCCCCAGAUCAAGAUAUUCAGGCAACGUCGUUGUACUGGUGCACGGUACAGUGUUAUGUAUCAAGCUUUGUUGUGCUGGUGUGGUGCUAAUGUACAAGAUAGGGGCAGCAGCGCCUUUGGUCCAAUGCAUAAUGCGGCAACACUUGCGCUGUGCCAUGAACGAGUGCUCACAUAUAUGCUGCGACAAUAGCGUCCAGGGAUGGAUAGAUUCGACAUUACCGGCACAAAUGGGACCUCCGAUGAGGCACCAAGCUAGGGGUGGACCAUUCUCUGUCCACUAGAGACCCGGGAUGCACGGAAUCUGCUCAAGAGUGCCUGUUUGCGUCCCAAAUGUGCCCAGCGCCGCUAGUGACACUCGCGUUUUGUGCCAGUAUUGAGCUUGGUCAGGGUUGCCUAGUGCGCGACCUUCUCUCCAUAAUACUCGUAUAAAUACAGCGUACUAAAAUGUCUAGUACAGCACGUAACGUUUUGUAAUCCGCUGCGCCA